AUCAGCUUUUUUGUAUCGCAGGGUUUUUAUUUCUGGGAGCCUCGUGAACGCGAAAUUGACUGGUCGUGUCAGUGAUGCGCGUCCACGUGAGCUUCUAGUGGUAUUUAAUGGACAGCGGCUGGGAAGUGAACAUCUCCCUGGUGGAAAAAUAACCUAUACAAAGAGAGAAUAAAGACUAUAAAUAAGCAUUUAACCGAUUUUAGAAAGCAAGAGCUAGCGAAACGGAGGUUUAUUGCGGAUUCGCGGAUGGUUUCUUGUAUAUUUUUUGUCCAUCAAAAGGAUUUUACUUGGAUGCGAGACCUUUUGUGAGCAGCUGUGGACACGUUGCGUCUUUUUUUUUUUUUUUUUUUUUUUUUUUUACAAGGAUUGUGAGCCAGGUAUUGUUCAGGGUAUAUUAAUGACGUUGAAAGACAUUGAAGUUUGUCGUGUUGGGCGUUAAGAUGUAACGCGUAAACGCCGUGGUGCACUGUAGUGUGGUGUGGGGUGGGCUGGUGUGGUGUAGGCCACUGACGCCGACUUUAAUCUCCGAGGGCAAAAGUAAAGCUGUUUACAGAUCCGUUUAUUGGUAAGCCUUUGUGCUGUCUCGUAAGGAACAAGAGUGGAAACAUGGAUGGAGAGAAAGUGACCCGCGCGACAGCGCUGUGUGAAUCUGCGUGGCUGCGGCGCUGCCGUGGAAACUAAGCACCAGCGCGGCGCAGGUUUAUACCCGAAACAUCACCAACAGGAAAAACUUUUCCUUUAUUUUCCUCCACAAAUAUGGGUAAAGACGAGUGUAAAACCAUGCUGGACGCUUUAAACAAGGUGACCGCCUGCUACCGGCACCUGGUGUCCGCUUUAGGGAGCACGUCGGAUUCGCAAAACCUGCGUGAAGAGCUGAAAAAGACGCGGAGGAAAGCGCAGGAACUGGCCUCGGCCAACCGGAGCAGACUGACCACGCUGCUGAAAGACAAGAGCAUCAGCAACGACGACCGCGCCGAGUAUGAGCGCCUGUGGGUGCUCUUCACCAGCAGCAUGGAGAUCCUCGAGGUGGACAUGAGGAGGUCGCUAGAGAUCGGGCAGGAUUUCCCUAUUAAGGUGCCAACGCGCCACUUCAUCCAGACCGGCAUGACCGGGAGCACAGGCACGGUGGCGGCUCGAGCCAUGAGCAUGCAGAACCUGAAGUACGAAGCAGACGCUGGCAUCGACACGGCCGAUUUAAAAGAUCUGGAGGCCGAGAUCGCUCAGCUUGAUCAGAUGAUGGAGGAGAUGGAGAUGAAGGUGCAGGUGGCGCCGUGGGCGGUGGAGGCCAAACUGGAAGCGGGCGCUGAACUCAAAUCCACAGUCAGCGUGGGAAACUCAUCCAUCGGAGUCAUUUCCAUCUGCGACGAGGAGCCCAAAGAGGGGGGCGAAGGUGAAGCUGGUGUCAUGAGGAUCUUUGCAGGCAUCAUUUUCACUGUGGUUUUACUCAUUGCAGGCAUUCUGGGAUAUUUGGUCGUCAAUCUUUGAAAAAAGGACCUUAUUAGGAUUGUCUCACACACACACACACACACACACACACACACACACACACACACACACACACACACACACACAGACAAACAAACAAACAAACAAAC